AUGACAAUCACUACAGAUACUGGAUUCCGCGCUCCAAUCCCGAUUGUUGGGGGUGUUAAUCUAACGUUAUGCUUUCAGGCGUUGAUGAAACUAAGGAAACGCACGGGCUACAGUUUCGUAAGCUGCCGUAAAGCUGUUCUGCAGUUUGGACCGGAUAAUCUUGAAGAGGCCGUGAAAUGGCUAAAUCAGCAAGCUCAAAUUGAAGGAUGGGAAAAAGCAACUAAGCUGAGCAGCCGUCCAACAACUCAAGGCCUUAUAGGUGUCAAAUCGACUGGGUCAGUGGCUGCUGUGACGGAGUUGAACUGCGAAACCGAUUUCGUGGCGAGGGGAGAUAACUUCAAAAAUCUGGUUAGGUAUAAGCUUUGUCAUUACCUCAGUGAAGGAUGCAAAACACGAAUGUACCUCGCCUCACUUUCGGAUGCCGAAGGUAGACCUCUUAGCGAAAUUGUUGCCAUGACAGUGGGUAAGCUGGGUGAAAAUCUUUCCGUACGGAACAUAAUAACACUCUACGCUCCCGAGGGUGCAACUUUAUAUUCUGUAGCCCAUCCUAGAGGUGGAUCCGAUGACGUCAAUAUGGGAAGGUAUGUGUCAGUAGUAGCACUUCGUAGACCUGAAACUAAAGGACUUUUCCCUACGGAAAAAUUGGCUGAACAGCUUUGCCAACAUAUCAUAGGAAUGCGGUCAGAAACGUUAGGUGAACCUCCGCUGCCACGUAAACCAACUAAGGAAAAAGCGGAGGCUAAGGAUAAUGAAGAUGAUUUGAACGAUUUUGUGGAAACAACUAACGUAGAUGAGGACGAAACAGCUCUGCUUCGUCAGACAUUCAUGCUUAAUCCAUCUCAAACAGUUUAUGAGUACGUGCUAGAUCAUCAAGCCGAGAUAGUUGAUUUCUUUCGUAGCGAACUGGGUGGCUGUGAGUAG